GCUGUCAUAAUCCUCUUCUUCAUUGUUCGAAUCCGAUAGGCUGGAUCCCUUUUCUCCAACACGAUUGCUCUUCUUCCAGUCGAUCGCUCUUAGAUUUCUUCUCAACGGUGUUCUCCCACCUGUUCAGUACCAAAGAGCGCCUAGCGUUCGAUUUGUAAAUGAAGGUGGGACAAGGAAUCCUGGUGGGGUUUGUACAGUAUCUUUUUCCUCUUGAGAAGGAGAUUGCUGUGGAAAAGAAGCAAAUCUUCAAUAUCAACGAUGCAAAUAAUAAAGAUUCUGUGUUCCAGUGUACCUUCCUGACUUUGGAAGACCAUGUCGCCGAAGAUCCAUUGCUAAAAUCUCCUAAUUUGUUCAGAGAAUCAAUAAAUUCGUCGGCGUUUUGCUUGUUGGACUCGGAGAUGCAACUUAAGUCCAAGCACCCAAGAUCCAUGGAUUUGACUAUCUACAUGACCUUGCGAGGAACUUGAAGAUCAAAAAUGGCAAAUUGGCUCAAUGGCGAGAGGAUUUUUCAUGGUGAAAAGAGGGAGCAUAUUGAUUUUGAUUUCGAAAGAGUAGGAAUUCAGAGGGGUUUUUUAAGGAAGAGGGAUGAGCGUUUCUCUAGAUUAAAAAAAGAACGACGUC